CCACGGGUGGCCCCGCCGCGGGGUGACCCCGGCCUCGCCUGGCCCCGGACCCGUUAUCAAAUAUUUGCUCGGGGCCGGCCCCGCGCUCCAGCAGCCCGUGGGGACGCGGGACCGCCGCCAUGCAGCCCGUGCUGGGGGUCCUGCUCGCCCUGGCUGCAGCUCUUGGCUCAGGCCACCGCUCGCCCCUCAAUGACUUCCAGCGCCUGCGAGCCACCCAGCUGCUGGCAGCACCUGUGGACCUACCACCGCUGCUGCCAGAGCGGGGCUCUGCAGAGCAGUGUGCCCAGCGCUGUGCUGCGAGCCUGGCUUGCCGGGUGCCGUGCCAGGCUCCUGCUGUGCCUCCCAGGGCUUUCCACCAUGACCAGCAGAGCCAGCUGUGCCAGCUGCUGCCCUGGACCCAGCACUCACCCCACGUCCAGCUGCAGAAGAACAUCCACUAUGACCUGUACCAAAAGAAAGACUACCUGCGGGACUGCAUCGUGGCUGAUGGCACCAGCUACCGUGGCACGCAGGCCACAACAGAGAAGGGUCUGCGCUGCCAGCACUGGCAAGCCACAACACCCCAUGACCACAGGUUCCUGCCAUCUCCCCACAACGGGCUGGAGGGGAAUUACUGUCGAAACCCCGACCAGGACAAGCAUGGGCCGUGGUGUUACACUGUCGACCCCAACAUCCGGCACCAGAGCUGCGGCAUCAAGAAGUGUGAGGAUGCCGUCUGCAUGACCUGCAAUGGGGAAGAGUACCGUGGCACUGUGGACCGCACUGAGUCGGGGACAGAGUGCCAGCGCUGGGACCUGCAGCACCCUCACAAGCACCCCUACCACCCUGACAAGUACCCUGACAAGGGUCUGGAUGACAACUACUGCCGCAACCCUGACAGCUCCGAGCGGACCUGGUGCUACACCACCGACCCUGGGCGGGAGCGUGAAUACUGCCGCAUCCGCCUCUGCACAGAGAAACGCUCACGGCCCCUCAACAUCACCACCAGCUGCUUCAGGGGCAAGGGUGAAGGCUACCGGGGCCGAGUGAAUGUCACCGUGUCGGGGAUCCCCUGCCAGCGCUGGGAUGCCCAGAUGCCCCACCGGCACCACUUCAUGCCCGAGAAGUACCCAUGCAACCCAUCCACCAGGGACCUGCAGGAGAACUACUGCCGCAACCCUGAUGGCUCAGAGGCACCAUGGUGCUUCACUGCCCGUCCCACUGUCCGCGUCGCGUUCUGCUUCCACAUCCGCCGCUGCCCUGACGAGCUGGGUGACGAAGAGUGCUACCACAGCCAUGGCGAGAGCUACCACGGCCACAUUAGCAAGACGCGCAAGGGCAUCACCUGCCAGCCAUGGGCUGCCCAGGCGCCCCAUGUGCCCCAGAUCUCACCUGCCACCCACCCUGAGGCACACCUGGAGGAGAACUACUGCCGCAACCCUGAUAAUGACAGCCAUGGCCCCUGGUGCUACACCAUGGACCCCCGCACCCCCUUCGACUACUGUGCCAUCAAGCCCUGCUCUGGCAGCAUGGUACCCUCCAUCUUGGAGAAUGCAGACAUAGUGGUGUUUGAGCAGUGUGGCCGGCGAGAUGAGAGGCUGCAGCUGAAAGGGCGCAUCAUCGGUGGCCAGCCUGGCAACUCACCGUGGACCGUCAGCAUCCGCAAUCGGGCCGGUGUGCACUUCUGUGGGGGGACCCUGGUGAAGGAGCAGUGGGUGAUCAGCACACGGCAGUGCUUCUUCUCCUGUGAUGCUGACCUGACGGGCUACGAGGUGCAGCUGGGGACACUCUUCAAGGACCCCGGCCCUGGUGACCCUGACCAGCAGACCAUCCCUAUCAUGCGGAUCAUCUGCGGCCCCUCUGAGUCCCAGCUGGUGAUGCUGAAGCUGGCAAGGCCAGCUGCUCUGAACAGGCGCGUGGCCCUGAUCUGCCUGCCGCCUGAGCGCUACGUUGUGCCCGCGGGCACUGUCUGUGAGAUCGCUGGCUGGGGGGAAACCAGAGGCACAGCGGACGGCAGCGUGCUGAACGUGGCACGGCUGCCUGUGCUGUCCCACAGUGAGUGCAACACGGUGCUGCGUGGGCGCUUGAAGGAGAGCGAGUUGUGCACUGCCCCGCUGCGUGCUGGUGUAGGGGCCUGUGAGGGAGAUUAUGGGGGGCCACUGGCCUGCCUCACUGCUGACUGCUGGGUGCUAGAAGGGGUGAUCACCCCCUCCCGCGUCUGUGCCCGCACGGACCAGCCUGCCCUCUUCAUCCGCAUCUCCCUCUACGUCGACUGGAUCCACAAGGUGAUGAAGAUGGGCUGAGCCAGCUCAGCCCCAGCCUAGCAUAGCUGCCAACACACAAUAAAGGCCUGGCCAUGGGGAUGGGCACUA